GUGUUACCUAUCCAUUUAUAUAUAUUAUAUUAGCCAAUAUUAAAUAAGUUUGGUGAUAGUGUUAGUAAAAAUAUGAUCGUGUAACAAUCCACGGCUGCAUAAUGUGUAUAUAAAAUAUUGUAGUUCAAAAUUUACUAGUCGUGAGUUAAAAUUAAAUAUUAAUGCAAAUACGGUGGUACAGAAAUUUGUUGAAAUAAUUUUAGCCAACACUGUGAGAAUGGUUACGUUAAAAUUGACAAUAUUAUGCUUCACCCUGAUUUGCUUUUAUGGAACAUAUGCAAAGCAAGCCCACAGAAAAGCUUCCGAAGAUGAUUUUCUACAGAAAAAGAACAUCUACGCUUUCCUUGAAAAACGGCCAGUAUUCUUAAAGCUCUUAAAGUUGUUUAUAUACACAAACUCAACCGAAGAGGCUUAUAAAGUAAUACAAAAAAUAGAAGAUAUGAUGAGCUAUUUACUUAAUUACCAUUUCAAAGAUCGAAAGAUAAAGGUAACUCCACUCUCACAAAAUGAUUCUCGUUUUAAACGCAGCCCCGGCGAAGAUCCCCAAACGAGAGCACCCCUGCCCAAAACAGGACUACUACAAAGAUUUACGUGGAUAUUCAGCAAACCCUGGAAUUCGUACAAAAACCUACAGAAGAAAGUUAAAUAUACCGUAUUAAAUUUCUUUAAAAAUCAUUUCUUCCCUAAUACAACCCAGAAUAAUACAGGAGCACAAACGGAUUUAAAUAUUAUUUAAACUUGUUCAGAUAACAAUAAGAUAGAAGAAAAUAAACGUAAAAAAAAAUAAAUUA